ACAACGCAACUGAGGGUUCGCAGCAAUGAGCGCAUCGAAUAAUAAAGAGGAAUUCUUAGUUCCUACGGUCAGGGAAGUGCAGCAACUAUUUGCGGAACUCCUAAGCCGUGGAGAAGAUAUAGUCUGGGACCUAUCUUCACAGAACGAUGAAGUUUUGAAAAGCAAGUUACUCCAGUUUAAAGACGACAAUAAUCGUUGGGAUGAUUCUGACAAACAUGCGAAUAUGUUUAAAUCUAUCUGGAAUACCAGAAAGUAUACCAAUGGGCAGGUGCUUGCGUCUUUAUUUUUUGUUAUGAUUGUGGAAAAUAUCCGUGACUCGAAAUUGGCAGAGCAAAGCAGAUCCUGGCACUUGUACCCGGUUUUUCGUUGUCGACGAUGCGUGGACAAAACUGGUCAAUCCAGCAGUACCGACUGUUGCAUGAUGUACGUAACACAUAAUACGUCUUGUGAAAACUGGAAAACCUUUCUGAUUCUACCGACUUUCCGUUCUGGUGUAAUGGUGACCCCGCACCGAGGAGUCUACAAGCUGAUUGAUGGUCAGGUGGAACUGGAAUCGCAUUUCGUAGAGCAGCAGAGCUAUCGUUUCCUCCCCCAAGAGCCCUCCAUAACGCCCCAAUCAUUAUUGAAAGCCGCAAAAACACCCAUUAAAAGCGAAGAAACAAAACAAAAGGAAAAGCGGCUAGGUAUUCGAGUAUUAUAUUCUCCGAGUUUUUUCUCUUGUGAACGGAUGCUAAGUUUUCUAUUGAGUUUCGAUAAUAAACAGCAGGCUUGUGAUGUGAAAGACCUCUCCGAUUCCUUAAUUUUAUUUACGCAUAAUGUCAACAACUUUAAUUUGGCUUUGGAAAUGAUUAAAGCAGACAACCCCCGCAGCAUUCUAAUAAACAGACUAAGAAGCGACUUCCUCAAAAUAUCCGAAGAAUUUAAACGCCUGCAGGGCACAGUGGACCUUAUACGCAGUGCUAACGGAGUGCCCACAAAACAAAACCUGGAAACGAUUUUUAAAUCCACAAAAAAGAAACCAAAGAAAGUAACUAAGAAGCCUGAAAAUCCCAACGAUAUACCUGUUGAUUGUCCAGAAACCACCACAACUAAAGCAAAUGCAGAAAUUAUUCAACUUGAAGACUUUGGCACUUUUCUUAAAGAGCACGUUUUCAGCUUGGAGAGCUUUGAAGAUCUGAUAGCCAAAAUGUCUGAACACUUUGAACCCGAAAUGUCUAGGCUGAUACUGCAACUAGCGCAAACUUUUCUGGAAACAGCGAGGGAAGAAAUGUGCCAGCAGAUAAAAUUCUUCUUCUCCACGGAAUUCGUUAUUUAUCAUAUCAUUUUGUACAUAACAAAACAUUUUUCAAACUUGGACUACAAAGAAGUUGAAGAGCAAUCAUCAGAUAUUUUAAGGCAUGUGCGAUAUUGCUUUGCCUCUUGGAACCCGAAUUCCCGACCAGAGUUUCUCAAGAAGUGCGAUAAAUGUGUCGGGUACUACGAUUUAAAUAAAAGGAUGUAAAAUUCCCCUUUCUGUAUUUUUUAACUUCCUGAAAAGACGCGAAAUGGUUUAAAAUUCUUUCAAUGAAAUUACUUAAUCGUUUUUACAAAAUUAAUGGUAAAUUGUUUGCCAUAUAGCUUAAGAAACUGCAUUUACAUAUGUGUAAAUUCCAGAUUUAUGUAAAGUCCAGUGCCUACACAUCAUUUAAAGAUAUAUAAAAAUGUUUAAAUAAAGAAAGAAUUUGUAAGUUUUA